GCCUUCUGGAGGAUGGAUGAACAUCACUGUUUCAAAAGAUAUUCCCAAAUGUGAUGUUCUGAUGCUGAUCCUCGAUGACUGUGAAGGCCCCGGCUUAAGAGUCAAGUCAUUUUUAUUCUAAAGACCACUGCAUCUCUUAUAUUUCUGCACUAAUUCGUUCAUGUUUUCCUUUGUAUUCUGCCACUCAUCUGGCAUUUGAUUUGUUUGAAUCUCCAAAUGACUAUAAUUAACUAAAAAAAAAAUGUAAACACUUGUGUGCGUGUGUGUGUGUGUGUGUGUGUGUGUGUGUGUGUGUGUGUGUGUUUUCUGUUGUGUCAGCCAGCAGGGGGAGCUCUUGCUCUAGCAAAGAGGAACCCAAGCGUUCCCAAUUAAAAGGGCUGUGUUUGUGUUUAUUCCCAGUUUAUUUUCUUGGGGAGGGGGGCUUCACUCGGAGAAACUCAGCAGGCAUUAAGUUGUCAUUAAAAGCACCGACCCUCCACCCUCCCCCCCAAAAACAAACAAACAAAAAAACAUAAUGCUCGUAUAUACGUAACAGCCACCGGCUUUAUUACGUAUUAUGUGUAGAUGCUGGAAGCCGACCCCUGGGGGCUUUUCCGAAAUUUAACCCCUGCGUGUACAGUAUGUCUGCCAGUUUUCAGGCUACCUCCACCAAAACACCCAGUGUGAAGCCUGCAGCAGUGUGUGUGUGUGUGUGUGUGUUUGUAUUGUGUGUGUGUGUGUGUGAGAGAGAGAAAGAAAGCAGGAAAUGGGAUGUAGUCAUGAGCUAGCCGCUGGAGAUCCAUCUUUUUCGUGGGCUGCCUGAACGGAUGCUAGCUGGACGAGCCGUGAACCACCACCACCACCCACCAGCAGCACCAGCAGCACCACACUCGUGUAUUAAAAGUUAAUCCCUUUUCCUCUGGAGAAAGGCUGAUGACUGCUGGAGUCACCACAGCUGCUGCCGCUGCCGCUGCUGCUGCUGGAGAAGAUUUGCAUGAGCUGGAGCACCAAAGGUUGGUAAUCCACAUCCAGUCCGGCUCCGAUCCACUUCUCCAUCUUUUCCUUGCCUCCCUAGCCAUUAUUUUAUUUACCAAAUGCCCAUAUCCCUCCGCAGGGUCAGAGAGUAUUUUGAAGAAAUUGUCAAACGGUUUGCGUGGUAUUUUUCACCGUGUCUUCUCGUCGAUGCCAUCAAACGUUGGCGUCGCUCGCGAAAUAUCGCUUUCCCGACGGGCCACGCCGAUCUGGAGAGAUUUGCGCGCCGUAGUUGUGGGAGGGGGAGGCGGGUCUAGUUUUCGAGGAGCCUAGAGGGGCUGUGCUUCGGUGCCACUUAUCAUUAGAUAUGGCCACCGUUACAGAGUACACCGAAGCGUCAUCUUCCAACUUAAUUUAGUGAUAUUUCACAGUAAUUUCGCAGCUCGGCCACCGUGGCAGGCGGAAUGCGAUUCUUGGCAUGCUAGUGUUUGUUUUCACCUGUCUUCGGAGGCGGUUGCUGCUGCGUGGCAGGCUGGCUGCGAGAGUCUCCUAACUGGCCGCUUGGUCCCGCAGCUUGUCGAUGCUGAAGAAAAUAGAACCAGUUGCCAACCAAGCGGUCGGCACCCAACAUUUGCAUUGCGCGUCGCUGUUCAUUCGCCGAGGAUUCGCAUUUGAAGUUUCGUUGACGGAGUGUUGACUUUCGCAUCCGCUUGGACUCCUGCUUUGAUUUGUUUUACACGUUAAUGGUAAAAAAAAAAAAAAAUUGUUGGCCGUAGUCUUGGGUGGCUAACACCAACUAGCUAUAUAAGCCGAACUCGUGCGACGACAGCUGUCAUUGGAGAAAGGAAAGUGAUCCCCCCUCCUCCUCCUUCAAAUGCGUGAGCCAGUGAAGCGGUUUUCUGUUGGAUUUACAUCAUCUGCCUUUCCAUCAAAUGGGCAAAGUUGGGAAUAACAUUGCAACGUUGGAAUAUAAUGCUAUGCGUUAUGCAUUUUUGAGAAUUGUGGUGUUGCUUCAUUGGAGAGAGGCUAGCUAGCUCAAUUAGCUUGCUAGCUAGCUGGGUGAUAAAAGUGCGACGUUUCAUCCCCCAGUAUUUUGGACAUGAAGAGGAUAAUUCGCUAUUCAUAGGGCUGGAAGAAUGUCAUCAGAGGAUAAGACUGUGGAACCCUCUGACCAGGGACCCUCACCACCCUCCAGCAGUGUAGGGGCCACGUCCACAGGAAGUCCUGCCCACGCAGACAAGCGACCACGUGGCAGGCCGCGCAAGGAUGCUGCUGCUGCCACUGCCGCUGUCAUCCUACCCCAGGCGCCACCCGCAUCUACGUCUAAGAACAGGAAAAAGGGUCGCACCAGAGGGAGGGUUGUUUUGGAUGAGGAGGACAGCAUGGAUGGGACUGAGAUAACAGAGUCCAUAGGCCCUCAGGACACAGAAACGCCAAUCCAGCCAGUGGAAACUGUGGAAGAGGUGGCCACUGCGGUGCCAGAGGAGGACAAGCCCUCUUCCCCUCUGGCCCAGAGCCCUCCAGCUGAGAGUUCAGCAGGACCAUCUGUCCCGGCGAGUAGAGAUGUCAAAAGCAGCGAGCGUCUCUGUGCCUUCUGUUACUGCGGUGGCCGUAGCCUGCUGGGUCAGGGAGAACUGCGAGUGUUCAGCACCACGCCUCAGUUUGAAGCACUCUUCAGCCACAAGGGUGGAGGAGGCCCGACGAGCGAUAGCAGUGAUGGUGAUAAAACCACUCAGCCAAAAAUGGCCGGAGAGACCACCUCAGGACAGAGGGAAAAGACGAAUGGGUCUGAAAACUGCGAGGAAGAGCCAGACCCAGCCAGUCGAUUUUGGGAUGAGCUUUCUCAUGUCGGCCUUCCACAGGAUCUCAACGUCCAGUCUCUCUUUGAGUCAGGGCAAUGCUGGGCACAUCAGAGUUGUGCCUUGUGGUCCGAAGGUGUUUGUGAGGGCGAGGGACAAUCUCUGCUUAAUGUGGACAGAGCCAUUGACUCAGGGAGCACAAAGCACUGUGCAUACUGUAAGCGCCUUGGAGCAUCCAUUAAGUGCUGUGCUGAAGGAUGUGCUCAACUCUACCAUUACCCCUGUGCGGGGGCAGCUGGGACCUUUCAGGAUAUCAGGACUCUCUCGCUCCUCUGCCCAGAACACUCUACAUUGGCCAUUCACAAAUUUGUAGAUGAUGUAAAUUGCGCGCUAUGUGAUAGCCCGGGGGACCUACUGGACCAGCUCUUCUGCACCAGUUGCGGUCAGCAUUACCAUGGGAUAUGCCUGGACAUGGCCGUGACCCCUCUGAGGAGGGCAGGCUGGCAGUGCCCUGAGUGCAAAAUCUGCCUGACAUGCAAAAACCCAGGAGAGGACACUAAAAUGCUGGUGUGUGACAUGUGUGACAAAGGCUACCAUACCUUCUGUUUGCAACCUGCUAUGGAAUCUCUUCCCACCAAUGGAUGGAGAUGUAAGAACUGCAGAGUAUGCAUCCAAUGUGGAACACGAACCAGCAGGCAAUGGCACCACACCAGCCUGCUGUGUGAGAACUGCGUCCAAAACCAGGACCCUGCUCUGAGCUGUCCUAUGUGUGCCUGCAUCUUGGACCCUGAGCAUCACAAAGACUUACUCUUCUGCCACAGUUGUAAGAGAUGGCUACACCUGGAGUGCGAACGUCAGAACUCAGGCCAAGCAGAAAUCCACCCCAGAGAGGACUAUGUUUGUUCCAACUGCAAGUCUCCUGCUGCAGAGCAGGCGCUACAGGCAGAGGAUAUGGACACCGGCCCAGAGCUCAGCCCUCAGCCAGCCUCCAUGCACACAGACUCUGAGACUGGCCUACAGCUGGCUAAAAAGCACAUGGACCUAGAACCUGGCACUCAGCUGCCUCCUGAAAUGCACAAUGACCCCAAACCGGAAUUACUUGCUGUUCCAUUGCACUCAGAUCCAGAGCCUGUUCAGGCUACCGUCCGGGAGGAGAAGCUGGCCACGUCAGCCCAGAAGCCUGGUGGGUCUUUGUUCCAGAAAGAAGUCUCAGUGGGAGCAGACGUUGUGGAGAGGCAGGUUACUGAACCUUCUGUCAACAAAACCCUAACGGAGUUCAAACCAGAAACAAAACCAGCAGCAAGAGCCCAGCUCACAUCUACAGAGAGUCCUGCGUCUUCAGCAACUCCCAGCCAGGAGUCUGAGUCUUUUCCGGCCCCGCUCUCUGUGGAGUCACUACAGACACAGGAUACCACGUUACAGAUCAAACCAGCAAAGACAGAGGCCUGCCAUGAGGAGGGUACGGCCAACUCCAGCACAAAGGAUUUUAAGGCCAUCAUCUCAACCACCAAAGAACCAAGUACUGCAUCAGUACCUUUCACGGACCAACCAAUGGAGGUCUCACUACCCCAGCAGUCGAGUAUAGAUGUAGUUGGGACUUCUUUCCUGGAAACGGCUCCAAAAGAACUUAACAAGGAGAGGAGUGAGGGUAUUUAUCACAGGAACCUGGCAGAGACUGUUAACCCCUCAGCCUCCAGUAUAUCAGAGGGGAUGUACACUACACCAGAGAGCAAGCCUAAUCUGUCACUUUGCAGUCUGUCUUCAGAGGAGAAACCAUUGAAGACAUCUGUGGAAAGGUUGGCAGAAAUGGUUGCCUCUCCCUCCCACUCUUCCCCUCUGGGCCGAGGGACAUCUCCCAGAGAGCUACUCCAGACUCAAAACCUACCUUCACUGAGUGACCACAGCAGUAUGAUACCCACCACCACGCUUAUACCACUCACCCCUAAGAUUGGAAUGGGAAAGCCAGCCAUCACUAAGAGGAAGUUUUCUCCUGGGAGGCCACGAGUGAAACAGGGUGCAUGGAGCCCCCAUAGCAGUGUGAGCUCCCCCUUGUCCUGGUCGCCAGACCAGCCAGAGGGGUGGGACAUCCCAAAGACGAGGCAGUCCUCUGGCAGCCCCGGCUGGAGCAUCAGAGUGGGUCGAGGCUCAGGCUUCCCUGGGAGAAGGAGGCCCAGAGGGGCUGGUCUGUCAGGUAGAGCUGGACGCGGCAGAGCCAGAGGCAAGAAUGGAGCGAGUCCCAGCAUCAACCCUGGGAUCAUCACAAUAGAAACCCCGUACCAAGUCAAAGAGGAGGAGGAAAAUGCUAUGCACAACACAGUGGUUAUAUUUUCCAGCAAUGACAAUUUCACACUAAAACAGGACAUGUGUGUGGUGUGUGGGAGUUUUGGCCUAGGUGCAGAGGGCCGUCUUUUGGCCUGUGCUCAGUGUGGCCAGUGCUACCAUCCAUUCUGUGUUGGAAUAAAGAUCACAAAGGUGGUGCUGAGUAAGGGCUGGCGUUGUCUGGAGUGUACAGUGUGCGAGGCCUGCGGCCAGGCCACAGAUCCUGGCCGCUUGCUGCUCUGUGACGACUGUGACAUCAGCUAUCACACCUACUGCCUGGACCCUCCACUGCAGAAUGUGCCCAAGGAUAGCUGGAAGUGCAAAUGGUGUGUGUCCUGUACCCAGUGUGGCUCCACCACCCCAGGCCUAAGGUGUGAGUGGCAGAAUAAUUACACCCAGUGUGCCCCGUGUGCCAGCCUUGCAACAUGCCCCAUCUGCCUGGUGGACUACAGUGAAGGCACCACAAUUCUGCAGUGUCGCCAAUGUGACAGAUGGUUCCAUGCAUCUUGUCAGGGUCUCCAUUCAGAGGAAGAUGUAGAAAAAGCUGCAGAUAGCAGCUUCGACUGCACAAUGUGCCGAGCUUUCAAGACCACUAAAGUUGUGACGAAGGUCAGAGACGCCAUUGAGCCUGUAAUGAUGACGCAGAUUGUCACAAAAGCUAAAGAAAUGGAUCUGUCCAGGACCUACACCCAGGAUGGAGUUUGCUUGACAGAGUCUGGGCUUUGCCAGCUUCAGAGUUUGUCUGCCACAGCAUCACGUCGCAGGAAACCCAAACCGAAGCUGAAGUUGAAGAUCAUUAACCAGAACAGUGUGGCAGUGCUUCAGGCUCCUGUAGACCCCCUCUCAGAGCACUCUCGUGAUGAAGACAUGGAGGACAACAGAGAGGCGGAGCUCCUAGAUUGUGAGGCAAAGUCUGACUCGAGCCUGGAGAGAGAGCCAGCAGAAGACGACUCCAAGGGGGCGGACGGCGGCAAGAAGAGGAAGAGGAAACCGUACCGGCCGGGCAUUGGUGGGUUCAUGGUUCGUCAGAGGAACCGUCCUGGUCAGGGUCCAGGCAAGGCUAAACGAUCACUCUGCAGAAAGGAUUCGUCUGGGUCUGUGUCAGAGAUUCCCAGUGGAAGAGAUGAAGGAUGGACAGAGGCUUUACCGGAUACACCUGUGGAUGAGACGCCCCCUGGACCAGAGGUCCCAGAGAAAAUAAAGAAACGCUACCGAAAGAAGAAAACAAAACUGGAGGAAGCUUUUCCCACCUACCUGCAGGAGGCGUUCUUUGGAAAGGACCUACUAGACAAAAGCAAGCAGAGCAGGCAGCAGGGGGUCGAAUCGGGCUUAUUGGAAGAAGGGCAGAGCCAAGUUGAGAGGAAACACCCGACCACCAGCUUCCUGGACCCUUCAUCUGACCCUCUACUCAGCGCCUCAAAUACAUCGCUUCCCACCAGACCAUCAGCGGGACAGACGUCUGAGGAACCAUUAGUUGAUCUUUCUGAUGUUCUGAACACUGAUGCAGACAUCUUGGGAAUGCUCGGAAAGCCAAGCGGUGACUCUGGUCUUGAUUUUUGCCCCUUCCAGGUUGACAGCUCACCUCCUCCUUUUGCUGGUCUGGACAUCGGGCCCCUGACAGACAGUUCCCCAGUGGCGCCCCAGUCUCAGGCUGGCCGAAGGACACCUCGAACCCUCCCAGAGGAACCCCUGGACGGCAUUCUCAGCCCAGAGCUAGACAAGAUGGUCACUGAUGAAUCAAUUCUCAGCAAACUCUACAAAAUUCCAGAGCUGGAGGGCAAAGAUGUGGAGGAUCUCUUCACUGCAGUCCUGAGCCCCAGCACAAGCCAACCACCUCCACCACCACAGGUGCCUCACCCCCAGGGUCCAGGGCCCCUCCCUGCCACACCUGGCACUAGUAUGCCUCACCCAAAUGCAGGGAAUCCCAUGUUUCCAAGGAUGCCAAUGAUCAAUGGUAUGAUGGGACCAAACCAACGUUUUCCUACAAAUCCAGGAGCAGGGCCCUGCAUCCCAGAAAAUUUCCCUCCCCUUAACCGUAUGCCUUUCACUGACAAUCCAAGGGACAGAAAGUUUAAUCAGAUGCCUCAAGAGGCAGUUGGUCCAUGGCCCACCCCUGCCCAUGGCCCUGGCCCUACACCUCCUGGAUCCCUGCCUGAGGGGGAGACUGAAGCCAUGUCAAAUGCCCAAAGGAGUACACUCAAGUGGGAGAAGGAGGAGACACUUGGAGAACUAGCCACUGUAGCGCCUGUCUUGUAUACCAAUGUCAAUUUCCCCAACCUCAAAGAAGAAUACCCAGACUGGUCUACAAGAGUAAAGCAAAUUGCAAAACUGUGGAGGAAAGCUAGUUCACAAGACAGGGCCCCAUAUGUGCAAAAGGCAAGAGAUAACCGAGCAGCCCUGCGCAUCAACAAAGUCCAGAUGUCGAAUGAGACGGUGAAGAGGCACCACCCACAGCAACAGCCCCCUGAGGUGUUUGAUCCCAACAUACCACUAGACACAGAACUGCUGUUUAAAGACCCUUUGAAACCAAAAGAGUCAGAGCAUGAACAAGAGUGGAAGUUUAGACAGCAAAUGAGGCAGAAAAGCAAACAGCAAGCCAAAAUCGAAGCCACUCAGAAAUUGGAGCAAGUAAAGAAUGAACAACUCCAGCAGCAACAGCAACAGCAACAGCAAGGCAACCAGUCAGAGGGUGAUGGGAAUAACAGUGGCAACCAGAGCCCAGCCUCCCAGCCCAGCAAUGGCAGCAUGUCCCCCAUGCAACAGCUCAACUCUAAAGAAGGCUUUGCGAGGCCCCAGCUACCAGGGACUCCCACUUCAUGCCCUCCAGAGGAUGUCUUCCUACGACCCCCUCCUCCCCCUCCAUCUGGGCCUUCUUCCCAGCCUCAGUCCCCACAGGUAUUCUCACCAGGUUCCUCUGGCUCCAGACCCUCUUCUCCAUGGGACCCAUAUGCCAAGAUGGUCGGGACCCCAAGACCGCCAAACCUUGGGCCAAAUGCAUGUCGCAGAAUGCCUGUGGAAUCUGGAAAAUCCCCCACCUCCUUGAUGGAGCAGCAGGACAGAGGGAGGCCAUCUCCUGCUCAUGAAUCUUUUGGCUCCCCAACAUCCAUGAGCAAUGAUCCUUACGCCAAACCUCCUGACACCCCAAGGCCAACAGGGGAUAUGGACCCUUUCCUGAAGCCCAUGGGUCCCCCCAGGGCUAGUCAGGUUGCUCAGGGAAGGCCCCCAAUGGGUUCUCCAGGCAGAGACCCUUACUCAAGGCCCAUGAUAAGAAAUGAGGCCUAUCAGCGCAUGGCCCAGAACAGAAUGAUCUUGUCUGACCCUUACUCAAGGCCUUUACUAGCACCAAUCCCUGGAAGUAAUGAGUCUGGCUCAGUCCCUCUGUUCAAAACACCUAUGCCCCCUCCUCAGACUCAGGAUCCCUUCAAUCGACCAGGCCCACACACUACUGACAGGUUCUCCCAGAAUCACCAUAAUGACCCGUAUGCUCAGCCUCCGCAUACCCCAAGACCAUCUGGGAAUGACACCUUCACCAGUCCUCCUAGAAUGGGUCAGCAGCAUCACCCUCAGGCGCACUCAUUUGCCCAGCCAGGACCAAUGAAUCAGAUGUCUAGAAAUCCUUAUGCUCAUGCACCUUCCACUCCAAGGCCUGAUCACUUUACAUAUGACCCCUUUGCCCAGACCUCUCAGCCUACAGGUAACCAACGAUCCAUCAAUGAACCCAGUCCCCAACAGCGGCCGUUUUUUGAGCCAUAUGCCCGACCUCCUGGCACCCCUCGUCCACAUGACAACUAUGGUCAGCCUUCAAACCCAAGCCCAUCAUCAGACCCUUACUCACAGCCUCCUUCUACUCCUCGCCCCAGUGGGAUGAACCAGUUCCCUCAUCAAUCACACCCUGGACAGAGGAUGUCACCCUCCCACUCAGUGGACCCUUAUGCUCAGCCUCCAGGUACUCCACGGCCCUCUGCAGGAGAGAGGUUUUCCAAGUCACCAGGUAGCCAGAGGGGGCCAAUGGAACCAUUUACUAGUACACCUGGAACAUCGAGGCCAGGUAGUAGUGACAUGUUUUCCCAGCCUGGGGCACCCAGACAAAUGCUUAAUGACCCCUACGCCCAGCCUCCAGGGACCCCACGGCCUGGUGCUGAUGGGCUAAACAGACAAGGGCCAAGGCUAGGUCCAAUGGGAAGCCAGGAUCCUUUCUCCCCACCUCAAGCCAGGCUUCAGGAUCCCUACCCUCAUCCAGGCUCACAAACACCAAAACACCCUAGUGUUUCAGAUGAUGGAUUUGCUCAGUCUCCCUCCAGAAGGCCCGGUCAAACACCUGGCCAUGACCCAUUUGAACAAGCUCCCAUGACCCCUCAUCCACAGUCAACAGAGAAAAUGGAAAUGAGAGAUCAGUCAGGCAUGGUUAACAGUGGAACUGUCUCUCAAGACCAAGGCCAACUGUCUAACCCACACAUGCCUGGUUCUUCCUCUGAGGCCCAGGGUGUUGCUCUCGCUGAGAGUGAGGAAAGACUCAGACAGCGACAACGAAUUAGAGAACUAAUCCUGAAACAACAGCAACAGAGGAGUGCUAUUCGACAGGAGAGGGGGCCUCAGGAGGCUGCUGGCAACAUAACCCCAGGAACACCACGCCCCUGGCCCCAGGAGGGCCCUGGGCAGCAGGGGGAAAUGUUUAAUCGCCCGCCUCCACCUUAUCCAGGACAAGGACCCAUGAGAGCACCAAUGAGGUUUCCUGGACCUUUUCCAGGCGAUCAGCGUGCCCCUUUCCCUAAUGAGGGACAAAUUCCCCGGGGCCUACAUCCUGGAGAUCCUAAUUUGAGACAUCAGGGACCAAGGUUUGCAUUUCCACCUGGGGCUCUAGGACCUCAUGGGCCUCAGGAGUUCUUUCCACGGGGGCAACACCCGAUGCAGGAUGUACCUCCUCAAAUGAGACGAUCCAUGUCUGCUGAAAUGGCAAAGACUAUGGGGGGCAACCCUAUGGGGCUGCCCCAACACUUCCCACCACGUGGUAUGCCAGUGCAGCAGCACAACAUAAUGGGCCAGCCCUUUAUUGAGCUGCGACACAGAGCAGUAGAAAACAGGCCACGUUUGCCAUUUCUUCCAGGUGCCAUGCGGGGAAAUAUGGACCCUAACUUGCAGGGUCAAAGGCUCCCGGGAUUUCAAGGAGAUCCCAGGUUCCAUUUAAAUCAGGGGCUCAGGAUGGCGGACCCCAUGGCCACCCAGACUGGCCAAGUACAGUUAUCUGCCAGCAUGGACAAUCUUCAUCAUCAAGCUCAAAUGUCUGGAAACAGCACGCUCAAGCAAUCUCCUUUGAUGAGAUCUAUGAGCCAACCUGCCUCAAGUGUAACCCAGAACAUGGAAGCAUCUAUGAUCCUGACUGCACCCCCUGCUGGGCAGACUGAGACGGUUUCAGUGGCAAGCAGUGAAGCUGUGGAGGAAAAACUGGAUGCAGAAGAAUCGGCAGUCAAAGAUCUGGAAGACGUGGAGGUGAAAGACUUGGUAGAUGCAGACUUGGAAAACCUAAAUUUGGAUCCUGAUGAUGGCAAAGACCUAGAUCUUGAGACAAAUGACCUGCACCUUGAUGACUUCCUAACUUCUGGGAAAUUUGACAUCAUUGCCUAUACAGACCCUGACCUAGAUGACAUCAAGAAAGAUAUGUUUAAUGAGGAACUGGAUCUGAGUGAUCCCAUGGAUGAUCAUCCUGACACUGCAGACAUCAACAAAAAUCCAAACACAGAAACUGAGGCACCAUCCAGUUCAAUGUCUGAUCUGGCAAAGCCAGAGGCCUCAGGUGAGCUGUCUUCAGCUGAAGUUAAGCUGGAAGCCCCUGGGAGUCAGGACGCUGCUUCUCUGGCACCUGGGCAGGAAAUUAAAACAGAGGUCAAAGACUGUCAGAAACCUCCUGAGGUGGUAGAUCAGCAAGCUGCUGGAAACACCUUAACCUCAAACCAGCAGGGAGUGCUCUCUGACUCUACCCCAGUGCUGUCUAGUUUACUUGUUAAGCAGCAGCCUGAAGAGCAGUCAUUAAAUCCAAUUGUUGAAUCUGUCAAUCAGGGAGGUAACCUCAUGCCCCAGCAGAACCAAGUCACUGACACUCAGCAUACCACUGGACUUCCCAUGACUCAAACAAUACCUGAUGCCACCACUUCAGGAGAAGCUUCCCUGACUGGCUAUGGGGCAGACCACCAGUUGGGGCUACCCUCCGGAGUGGACCAGAGUGGUCUGACCCAGGCCCAGCAGAACGCAGUGAACCAGGCAUUGGCUCAGCACGGCCAGCAUCGUCCUCUUCUUCUGGAAGAACAGCCACUCUUAUUGCAGGACCUCCUAGACCAGGAGAGGCAGGAGCAACAGCAGCAGAGGCAGAUGCAAGCCAUGAUACGACAGCGCUCCAGCGACUCCUUCUUCCCUAAUAUUGAUUUUGAUGCCAUCACUGACCCCAUCAUGAAAGCUAAAAUGGUUGCGCUGAAAGGCAUCAACAAAGUCAUGGUUCAGAACAACAUGGGAAUGACCCCAAUGGUCAUGAACAGAUUUCCUCCUGGCCCUGGUCCUGGUCCUGGUUCCGGUACUGGUCCUGUUCCUGGUCCUGUUCCUGGUCCUGGUCCUGUUCCUGGUCCUGUUCCUGUUCCUGUUCCUGUUCCUGUUCCUGUACAACCUUGUCCAGAAAGUGCUCCGCUUCCUCCACAAGUUGUUGGACAGGAUGGAAAAUUGACACAAGUCGCAAGACCAAAUCCUCCAAACUUUGGACCUGGAUUCGUCAACAAUGCUCAGAGGGCUCAGUAUGAGGAGUGGCUCCAGGAGACUCAGCAACUACUUCAAAUGCAGCAGAAGUUUCUGGAAGAGAAGAUUGGAGCUCACAGGAAGUCUAAGAAAGCCCUGUCUGCCAAACAGAGAACAGCUAAGAAGGCAGGGAGAGAGUUCCCCGAGGAGGACGCUGAGCAGCUCAAACAUGUCACGGAGCAGCAGGGUGUAGUGCAGAAACAACUGGAGCAGAUCCGCAAGCAGCAGAAGGAGCAUGCUGAGCUUAUAGAGGAGUACCGAGUGAAACAGCAACAAAACAACAUGACACCCAUAAUGCCUGGCAUGCACCCAAUGCCAGGCCCUACUGGCAUGGUGCCCAGUGGACCACCAAUGGUUCCAGGUGGACCACCAAUGGUCCAACCUCCUAUGAACCCCAUGAUGCAGAUGCCUCUUCAUCCCAGCCAGCCAAAUGCUCCUCCGUGUAUGCCCAACCCACCACCUGGCUGGCAUCCCGGUGCUCCCAUGCCCAUGAGUGGACCAGGAAUGCCACCUAUGAUGCCCCCGCAGGUACCUGUAGGAAAUCCAGGCCAACCUCAUCAGAUGCCAAUGGGUAACAUACCUCAACACUCACAAAUGCCCGUAGAUCCGCAGGCACCACCAGCUCCACCAGGUGGUGUAAAACCCAUGCAGGCAGGUGGUGUGAAGUUUGAUGACAACAACCCAUUCAGUGAAGGCUUCCAAGAGCGGGAGAGGAGGGAGAGGCUUCGGGAGCAACAGGAGAGACAGCGGGUGCAGCUAAUGCAGGAGGUUGAACGACAGAGAGCCCUGAAACACCGUAUGGAAAUGGAGCAGCAAGGGAUGAUGGGGCCAGAUGGGAACAUGACUCAGCUCGCUCAGAUGCCAUUCUUCAACGCGGAGCUGCCGCAGGAUUUCAUGCAGCCUCAGAGGCCUCCCCUGCAACAACAGCAACAACUUGGACCAGUGUUCCCACAGCAGCAGGGCAUGCAGCCUGGUAUGGGCUCUCCACCGGGAACAUUCAUACAAGGUGAAAGGAGGGCCAUGAUGGGCAAUGGAAUGAUGCCCCGUGACAUGGUGCCUGGUUUUGGACCUGACAAUCUUCCCCUACAAGGCCAUAACUUUCCCCAGGGUCCACCCCGACCUCGUCAGUUCAGUGGACCAGGAAUGAUGCUUCAAAUGCCAGGUGAGGGUCCACCAUUCGGAGGGGACACAGCCACACCUCUACCGUCUAACUUUCCGGGCUCAGGUCAAUCUUUAAUCCAGCUCUACUCCAACAUCAUCCCAGACGAGAAAGGAAAAAAGAAGAGGAACCGCAAGAAGAAGAAAGAUGACGAUGCAGAUUCAGUCAAGACACCUUCAACUCCACACUCAGACCUCACGGCACCUCUCACACCAUGUGUCUCUGACACCUCCUCAACUCCAACCAGAAACACCCAUCUCUUUGGUGACCAGGACUUGUCAAGGUCCCCAUUACUGGGAUCGUCCACCCCCAGUCACUCAGAGUUGGAGAGGCAACUUUCUGGAGGCCAACCUGGACAACCUGGUCUCUCAUCAGACACAGCAAGAGCCCAGGCUCAGGAACAUGACAGGAUCCUGAACAACAUAAAGCUGGAGCAGACUGAUGUCAGCGAGUGUCAUGGACCACGAGAAGGCCACAUUGGCUCUGAUAUGAGUUCUGUGAAGGAAGAGGGUAAUAAAGGGAGCGUGUCUCCCUUCACUGCUGGGCAAAGUCCAAACAAGGGGGAGGCUGGCAAUGAACUACUGAAGCACCUUCUGAAAAACAAGAGCACACCUCCACCUGGAUUUUCCCAGCAGAGGUCAGAGGAGAGUAUGCGCUCAGAGGAGGAGGAUCCCGCAGACUGCAAAUCCUUGCUGAGGCAGUGCUCCAUGGACAGCAACGGGGCAUACUCAGAUGGCAACCCAGACUUCCCUGGACCUCUGCUCCCUGAACAGGAGAAGAAGAAAGGGAGGAACAAGAGGGCUCCGAAAGGAGGAGACAAACCUGCCUCUCGCUACAAGAAGAGGAAGAAGGAGGGGGAUGAGAGACAGCUGAUGCACUCUGGCCCUGACACAGUAAUGACCCAAAUCAAACAGCAGCUCUCCCUGCUGCCCCUCAUGGAGCCACUGAUUGGGGUCAACUUUGCCCAUUUUGCUCCCUAUGGCAGCGGCCAGCUCAAUGGAGAGAGCCUCCUGUCUGGUGCCUUUGGCAGCGCCUCUCUUGAUGGAGUCUCUGACUAUUACUCCCAGCUGGCCUACAAGCAGAGUAACCUGAGUAAUCCGCCAACACCACCGGCAUCUCUUCCUCCCACUCCACCACCUGUGAACCGACAGAAAAUGAUCAAUGGAUUUGCCACGACAGAAGAACUGGCCAGCAAAGCUGCUGCCAUGGUGUCCAAAGGACUGGUCCCAAAGCCGCUACAUGUCCCAUUUAGGACAGAGGAAGAUCUACUAGCCCGCGCCAUCGCACAGGGACCCAAAACUGUGGAUGUUCCAGCCUCACUCCCCACCCCUCCUCACAACAACCAAGAGGAGCUCAGCAACAGAGGACAGGAGCCUUGCAAGGACCGGGACACACCUGACAGUUUUGUUCCAUCCUCAUCACCUGAGAGUGUGGUCGGCAUGGAGAUCAGUCGCUACCCAGACCUGUCUCUGGUGAAGGAAGAGCCACCAUCCCCCUGUCUGUCCCCUGUCCUCCCCAUGCUUCCUCCUCCUGAUGGGAAAGGUUCACAAAUCAAACUGCAGGAUAUCAAAACGGAGCCUUCUUCGAUGUUCUUCAGCUCCACCUUUGGCCCCAUGUCUAAUGAUUCCAAACAAGGGCUGGUGUCUGUAGCUAUCACACUGAGACCAGCCGCAGCAGAGAACAUCACAGGUGUGGUGGCAGCCAUUUCAGACCUACUGUGCGUGAAGAUCCCCAGUAGCUACGAGGUAAGCAGCACCCCAGACAGGGGGCCCCAAUCAAUGCUCAGUGGUCCCAGGAUGGGCCCCCAUGGCAUGGAGCCUCGGCCUCCGAUGCUCUUCCACGGACAAGGAGACAACGGAGGGCUUCACGGACGGCCUGGGCAGAUGAUAAGGCCCGGUGGAGCACAGGGGACGAUGCAACAGCAGCAAGCACAUCAUUUCCGUUUUCAUCCUAAUAGCCCAGGUGCAGCUCUUGCUCGAGGGCAUGACCAGAAGACCCCUGCCAGCCCUGGAUGUAAACCUCACUGGUGCUGCCACUGUAAGGUGGUGGUUCUGGGAAAUGGAGUUCAGAAAUCCAUCAAAGAUCUUCCCGCCCACAUGAAGGAAUCUGAAGGCCGUUUGAAAUCCGAAGAAGACCUGGUCUUUUGCAGUCACAGCUGCUUCCUGCUCUACUGUUCCUCACCGCUACAGUCAAGAUCAACCACAGAAACAAAGGAAUCAGUGUCCCUUCUCCCUGCCUCCGAGCAAACAGAGAACCUUUCAAAAACUCUUCACCAGUACAGUAACAACAUGUCAUCGCUGGAUGUGCAUUGUCUGGCCCAGCUUCAGCCCAAGCAGUCUCCCCCCUCGACUCCUCCUAUCCCCUUUCCCACAGCAGGCGAGACAUCCAAGUCGGAGACCAAGUCUGAUGCCAUCAAGGUGACAGUGAAGCUGAAGGCCCGGCCAAGGUCUCACGACGGCUGGCACCAGGGAAAGCGACAGAAAGGUCUCCGCUGGAGGAAGUGGACUGUCCAGGUUGUGGUGCCAAGAGGGAAUUCCCAGCUCCCAGAUGAAGAUAAGAUCGAUGAGCUACUGAAGAAACUUGGAGCCUCCUUGCGCCCUCCUCCUUUACUCCGAGACUUGAGGCGAUGCUGUUUCUGCCACCAGUUUGGAGACGGAAUCACUGAUGGCCCUGCUAGGCUUCUUAAUCUAGAUCUUGAUGUAUGGGUUCACCUGAACUGUGCCCUGUGGUCGACUGAGGUUUAUGAGACGCAGGCUGGCGCCCUCAUCAAUGUGGAGCUUGCACUGCGUCGUGGCCAAACGGUUCGCUGUGCCUACUGCCAGCAGACUGGCGCUACCAGCGGCUGCCACCGCUUACGCUGCACCAACGUCUACCAUUUCACCUGUGCUCUGCAAGCUCAGUGCACCUUUUUCAAGGACAAGACCAUGCUUUGUCAUGCCCACAGGCCCAGGGGAACAGCUGGCCAAGCACUGGAGCAUGAGCUGCGUUGCUUUGCCGUCUUCCGACGUGUCUAUGUCCAGAGAGACGAAGUGCGUCAGAUUGCCACCGCUGUACGGCAGCCCGAGUUAGGUUAUACCUUUCGAGUUGGCAGCCUGGUGUCUCAUGCAAUGGGCCAACUAACCCCUCAGCAGAUGGCAGCCUUCCAUUCCCCAACAGCCAUCUUUCCAGUUGGCUAUGAGGCUUGCCGCAUUUACUGGAGCAUGCGCCAUGGUAACCGCCGUUGCCGCUACAUCUGCUCUGUUGAGGAGCGUGAGGGAUUGCCAGAGUUUACCAUCAGAGUCAUAGAGCAGGGCUACCAAGACCUGGUCCUGACUGACACCUCUCCAAAAGGAGUAUGGGAUAAGGUUCUGGGUCCUGUUGCGGACAAAAGAAGCGAAUCAAGCACUCUGAAGCUCUUCCCCGUUUACCUGAAAGGAGAGGACUUGUUUGGUCUCACAGUCCCUGCAGUCGUGAAGAUCUCUGAAUCGCUCCCAGGAGUUGAGGCUUGUGACAGGUACUCAUUCCGUUAUGGACGCAACCCUCUUGUGGAGUUGCCUCUUGUGUUCAAUCCAGCCGGCAGUGCUCGUGCCCAGCCAAGAACCAGCUCUCCUUACACUUCAAUGGUGAUAAGGCCACACCCACAGGCUGUAGUCAGCAACAGUGCCAGGUCUAACCAGAAUGUGGCCCAAGGAGAAGGUGGCGCCCCCCAUAGCAAGCCUCCAGUAGUACACCCCAGGUCCUCGCAGUACCGCUGGAUGAAGAGUGAGUGGAGAGCCAACGUCUACCUGGCCCGCUCCCGCAUCCAGGGCCUGGGUCUGUUUGCUGCCAGAGACAUGGAAAAACAAACUAUGGUGAUUGAGUACAAUGGAACCAUCCUCCGAAACGAGGUUGCCACCAGAAAGGAGAAGAGCUACAGAACUCAGAACCGAGCAGUGUUCAUGUUCCGCAUUGACAGCGAACAUGUUGUUGAUGCCACCCGAACUGGAGGGCUAGCAAGAUAUAUCAACCACUCUUGCGCCCCGAACUGUGUCGCUGAGGUGGUCACAUUUGAAAGGGGUUACAAAAUCAUCAUCAGCUGCAUUCGCAGAAUUGACAAAGGAGAGGAGCUGUGUUUCGACUACCAGUUUGACACUGUGGACAGUCAGCACAAGAUCGCCUGCCACUGCGGAGCUCCCGAAUGCAGGAAGUGGAUUAACUGAGGAGGAACGACAAAUCUAAAUGCAUUCCUUGCUAUAGAGUGUGGGCUCUCUACGGGCUUCACACUAAAGUCAUUUUUAUGAGUGAGCAGAAGGCCUGGACCCUUUGGAGAGAUAAAUUAAUUUACGUGUUGGUUCAUCAAGAUCAAGGAAAACAAACGGGUGGAGGAAGGGAACACAGUAGCAGGAUGUGACUUGUGCCAUAUGUGGGAGGCUCUGUUGUAUGAGACGCCUCUGUCUGUCUGUGUGUCUGUAUGUAUCUGUGUGUUUGGUGUACAUGGGGUGCGGAAUCCACCAGCGAAUGAGAAAGCACUGUGCAGGGUGCGGCCUUAUUGCUUACUAAGGGCAGGCCCUUUUGUUUCAUACUGUUAAUGUAUACCGUAUGACUAAAUGUAGACAUCACUGAAUGAGGAAUGUACAGCAACGAAUACUGCGAAGGGAAUAUUAACUUGCACUAAAAAAAAAGAAAACAAACAAAAAAAACACACAUACACACACACGAAAAACUUUUAAAAUACUUGAUUCCAUGAGUCAGUUUUAUCAUAGGUCUCUGUCAUGUGAUUUGUGUGGAAUUCGAGAGGUUUUGUAUUUAUUACUGAGUGAAUGAAUUUUAUUCUCAAAAUGAUGAGAUUGAGUUAAAGGAGGCUAGAUUGCUAUUGUUUUUGAAGACUGAGGAAGACAUGCUGUUACUUUUGUAUAAAUGUACAUAAAGAAAACUAUAGGAAUAACCGACCAAAUACUACCUUAACCUUCUUGAUGUUUGGGUGUUUUUAAAUCGUUUUUGUUCUGUUUGUCAUUGAAAUUUAUUUAAGAUGGACGUUAUUUCAGUUUGAGAGUAUAUAUUAUGAUUAUUCUGUACAGAAUUUGUAAUAUAACCACAAUAAUUCACAAAGUAUUUUUGUUGUAUUAAAAGUAAGGUAUUGUAGCGUAGUGUUUUUGUGACUUACACAUACUUUGACCACUCAAAAAAGAAAUAUUUUUGUUGACUAACGUAACGAGUUAUCAGUUACAGAAUUUAAAAAAAGACUCUUCAAAUAGUAAGAGAUCAUGUGUGAUCUGUUUGCUGUUAAUCAGGUUUGAUUUUAAAGAACUGUGAAUUAGGUUUUGAAACCCAAAAACAACUUUUUAACUUUUUAACACGCGUAGGAACACCAACAUGUAUUUACCUGUUUUCGUUUUUACAUUGCUUUUAAAAUAAGGUGCAAACGUCUAAUGAUGUUGUGAGUUAGACGAGCCAGUGUGUGACAGAAUCGUACGGGGGAACUCAUUUUUUCUUGGAGCUGUAGGUUGUUCUACCUUUUUGGAUAGAGAUGGCAUUCUCCUUAAUCAGAAAUAUUUCUUAUACUGACACUUCACAAGUCACACAUGCUUAGAAACGGAAGAGUUUUUGCGUGCACAAUUUCAAGUUGACUGUAAAAUUUUGGAGACAGUCUUAGAACUUGUAAUGUAUAUGGCAUGUAUUUUUUUAACUUUCCGAAGACUCAAUUGUAUAUAUUUUCUCAAUGAAUGGUUGUAACAAAAUUGUUUCUUGGAUAUUUUUCUUCUCUUGUAUGAUAUUACAUCAUCCUGCCAGUGUGUUUGUGCUACAUUUUCUUGGUCGUGUAGUCAGAUUUUGUUUUCUUUUUUUUGUUUUUCUUUUAUUUUCCUCUUUUUUUUUUUUUUUGAAAAUGCCUUUUGAAGUGUACAGAGUAUGAGGUUUGGAGUUUGUGGAAUUGAAUUUAGAAACAUUUACAAAAAUAAACUAUUUUACAUGUUA